CUCCUCCCUUCUCCUCCACCUCUUCCCUCUCCUCGCCUCCAAAUUAUCUCCGUCGGACGCACGCACGCACGCGCGGGGAGAGGUUUGGUUUUGCGGUGACCAUGCAGGCGGCGACGGUGGCAGCGGCGGCCAACGGCGGGGGCGACGUGCAGAAGCAGCAGCAACAGGUGGGGGCGGCGCCGCUCCCGGCGGUGGCGGCGCUGGCGCCGCCGCCCCAUUGGGUGGCCAUGCCGUUCGCGCCGCCGGGCGCCGCGGCCAUGGUGGUGCCGCACCAGAUGGCGCCGGCGCCGCCCCACCAGUUCGCGCCGCACUUCGUGCCGUUCCACGCCGUCGCGCCGCCGCCCCCGCCGCUGCAGCCGCGCCCGGCGCACGUCGCCAUGGGCUCGCCCGCCCCCGCCGCGCAGCCCGGCCAGGAGGAGAACAAGACCAUCUGGGUCGGCGACCUCCAUUACUGGAUGGACGAGAACUACCUCCACACCUGCUUCGGCUACACCGGCGAGGUUGUCGCAAUCAAGGUUAUUCGUAAUAAGCAAACCGGACAAUCAGAAGGAUAUGGAUUUGUAGAGUUCUACAGUCAUGCUGCAGCUGAAAAAGUGCUUGAUGGUUUUGCUGGGCAUAUAAUGCCAAAUACUGACCAACCUUUUAGGAUAAACUGGGCAUCAUUUAGCAUGGGGGAUAGGCGUUCGGACAUUGCUUCAGAUCAUUCCAUAUUUGUAGGCGAUCUUGCCUCUGAUGUCAAUGAUACUGCAUUGCUAGAGACUUUCUCCAGCAGGUACUCCUCUGUCAAAGGUGCAAAAGUUGUUAUUGAUGCUAACACUGGUAGAUCCAAGGGCUAUGGCUUUGUGCGGUUUGGAGAUGAUAGUGAGAAGACAAACGCCAUGACCGAGAUGAAUGGAGUGUAUUGCUCAACUAGGCCCAUGAGGAUUGGCCCUGCAACUCCCAGAAAAUCUUCAGGUACUUCUGGAUCUACUGGUUCAUCUGCUCGAUCAGACGGAGAUUUGACAAACACAACUGUAUUUGUCGGUGGGCUUGACCCAAAUGUUAGUGAAGAUGAUCUUAAGCAAACCUUCACCCAGUAUGGUGAGAUUUCCUCUGUGAAGAUUCCCGUUGGGAAACAGUGUGGGUUCGUGCAGUUUCUUCAGAGAAAGAAUGCAGAAGAUGCAUUGCAAGGGCUAAAUGGGAGCACCAUCGGGAAACAGACCGUGCGCCUUUCAUGGGGUCGCAAUCCAGCAAACAAGCAGUUGAGGAGUGACAACGGCAACCAGUGGAACAACGGGAUGUACUACGCGCCCUCGCCGUUCUACAACGGGUACGGCUACCCCGCGGCACCGUUCCCUGACCCGGGCAUGUACGCCGCUGCCUAUGGCGCCUACCCGGUCUACGGGAACCAGCAACAGGUCAGCUGAAGAUAGGAGGUUGACACGCCCAUCGCACGACAACCGGAGGCGCGCACGCAGUAGCUGUAGCUCUCGCUAGAGAAAGAAGGUAGACGACGACGGCUUCUUAGGUGAGCUAGAUGUAGUGACUGGUCAUGUAAAGUACAUUACUGCUAUUACGAAGAACUAGCACCACUAAGACACCUAAAAUGACUCGAUCGCCAUGGCCGUCUAGCUGGAUUGUUCUAGGGAAAAAAGAAGUUUUGGCCUAGAGCUGCAAUAUUAAGGUAGAACAAUAAUCUAUUCAAUACCUUCUGCGCGGUUUCUGAUCGA